AUGGCUGAUGGAGCGGCACCGAACUGCCACCUGCGCUUGGAGUGGGUUUAUGGCUACCGUGGACAUCAGUGUCGGAACAAUCUCUACUAUACCGCUUCCAAGGAAAUCGUUUAUUUCGUUGCGGGUGUUGGAGUGGUUUAUAACACGCGGGAACAUAAACAAAAAUUCUUUCUGGGUCACAGCGAUGAUAUAAUCAGUUUAGCGCUGCACCCAGAACGAACUUUAGUUGCAACAGGUCAGGUGGGAAAGGAGCCACAUAUAUGUGUGUGGGAUACCUACAACCUGCAGACGAUAUCCAUCCUGAAAGAUGUGCACACGCAUGGAGUAGCCUGCUUGGCUUUUGAUCAUGAUGGUCAGCGCUUGGUGUCUAUUGGUCUGGAUUCCAAAAACACUAUUUGUGUUUGGGAUUGGAAGAAGGGAAGAGUUCUUGCUACUGCAGCAGGGCACAUAGAUAGGAUAUUUGAUGUUUCUUGGGACUUACACCAACCAAACAAAAUUAUUAGCUGUGGUGUAAAACACAUCAAGUUUUGGAGUUUAUGUGGGAAUGCCUUGACUGCAAAACGGGGUGUGUUUGGUAAAACUGGAGAACUCCAGACUAUUUUGUGCCUGGCAUGUGCACGGGAUGAGAUUACUUAUUCAGGAGCAUUAAAUGGUGAUAUUUAUGUAUGGAAAGGGAUUAAUCUGGUGCGGACAGUCCACAGUGCACAUGGGUCAGGAAUCUUCAGUAUGAAUGCCUGUGAGGAAGGAUUUGCCACAGGAGGCAGAGAUGGUUGUGUUCGCUUGUGGGAUUUAAAUUUCCAACCCAUUACCUUGAUAGAUCUCAGGGAAACUGAUCAAGGAUACAGAGGUCUCUCAGUGAGGAGCGUGUGCUGGCAAGGAGAUCACAUUUUGGUUGGUACGCAAGACAGUGAAAUCUUUGAAAUCGUGGUACAUGAACGCAACAAGCCUUUCCUAAUUAUGCAAGGACACUGUGAAGGAGAACUCUGGGCCUUGGCAGUUCAUCCAACAAAGCCUUUAGCAGUAACUGGAAGUGAUGAUCGAUCUGUUCGAAUAUGGAGUCUUAUUGAUCAUGCUCUGAUUGCUCGAUGCAAUAUGGAAGAAGCGAUUCGUUGUGUUGCUGUGAGUUCAGAUGGCAUUCAUCUUGCUCUGGGUAUGAAAGAUGGUUCUUUUACUGUACUACGGAUCAGAGAUAUGACUGAAGUUGUUCAUAUUAAGGAUAGGAAAGAAGCAAUUCAUGAAUUAAAAUAUUCGCCUGAUGGAUCAUUUUUGGCUGUGGGCUCAAACGAUAGUUCCAUUGAUAUCUAUGGAGUUUUGCAACGAUAUAAAAAAGUUGGCGAAUGUUUUGGAUCUUUGAGCUUCAUCACACAUAUGGAUUGGUCAACUGAUAGUAGAUACUUGCAAACUAAUGAUGGUUCUGGAAAAAGAUUGUUUUACAGCAUGCCAAGUGGUAAAGAAAUUAUAAAUAAAGAAGAGGUAAAAGAUGUUCAGUGGGCAACCUGGACUUGUGUUUUGGGCCCAGAAGUGAAUGGAAUAUGGCCUAAAUAUUUAGAUGUCAAUGGCAUUAAUUCAGUGGAUGCAAAUUUCAAGGACCAGGUUUUAGUUACUGCAGAUGAUUAUGGAUUAGUGAAACUUUUUCGAUAUCCUUGUUUCAAAAGAGGAGCCAAGUUUAAAAAAUAUAUCGGUCAUUCAGCACAUGUGACUAAUGUGCGAUGGUCAUAUGAUUACCAAUGGGUUCUUUCUAUUGGUGGAGCAGAUCAUUCAGUUUUCCAAUGGCAACUUAUCCCUGAAAGAAAGUCUAAAGAAUUUCUUCAUAUUGUACUCCAAGAAAGUUUUAUAGACUCCAAUAGUGACCAGUCUGACUCUGAUCAAUCUGAUGUACCUGAGCUUGACUCUGAGAUUGAACAAGAACUACAAAUAAAUUAUCAUCGGCAGAUUUACAAAGAAGACCUACCUCAGCUUAAAGAGAAAUGCAAAGAAAAGCGUCAAGCAGCAACUUCAAAGAAACGGGAAAAACCUCCAGACAGCAGUGUGCGCUUACAUUUUGUUCAUGGUUACAGGGGCUAUGACUGCAGGAACAAUCUAUUUUACACACAGACUGGAGAGAUUGUAUACCAUGUUGCAGCAGUAGGAAUAGUAUACAAUUGUCAGCAAAAUAUUCAACGAUUCUACCUUGGCCACGAUGACGACAUUGUCUGCCUAGCAAUUCAUCCUUUAAAGGAUUAUAUAUCAACAGGCCAGGUGAGUCGUGAUUCUGCAAUUCAUAUCUGGGAUGCCGAACUAUUGAAGCCAUUAUCAAUUUUGAAAGGACAUCAUCAGUUUGGGGUUUGUGCAGUAGAUUUUUCAGCGGAUGGAAAGCGUUUGGCAUCCGUUGGGCUUGAUGAAAAUCAUACAAUAGUUCUCUGGGAUUGGAAAAAGGGAGAAAAACUUUCUUCAGUAAGAGGAAGUGCAGAGAAGAUUUUUGUUGUCAAACUGAAUCCCUAUAUACCAGACAAGUUGGUUACCGCUGGCAUAAAACACAUCAAGUUCUGGCAGCGAGCAGGUGGAGGACUGACUGGAAGGAAAGGCUAUUUUGGAAACCUGAGAAAGAUAGAAACCAUCAUGUGUGUAGUCUACGGUUGGACAGAUGAAAUGGUUUUCUCGGGAACAUCAACGGGUGAUGUCUAUAUAUGGAAAGAUAUGUUCAUUAUUAAGAGAAUCAAAGCCCAUGAUGGACCAGUUUUCAGCAUGCAUGCCCUGGAGAAGGGAUUUGUGACUGGUGGAAAAGAUGGUGUUGUUGUCCUCUGGGAUGAUAGUUUUGAGAGAUGUCUGAAAACAUAUAGCAUCAAACGUUCUGCACUUGCUCCAGGCUCUAAAGGUCUGUUGCUGGAAGACAACCCUUCUAUUCGUGCCAUAACAUUAGGCCAUGGUCAUAUAUUAGUGGGUACAAAGAAUGGGGAAAUAUUAGAAAUUGAAAAAAGUGGUCCCAUUACCCUACUGGUUCAGGGUCACAUGGAGGGUGAAGUAUGGGGUUUAGAUGUACAUCCCCAUUUACCCAUCUGUGCUACUGUUAGUGAUGACAAAACCCUGCGAAUUUGGGAUCUCUCCCCAAGCCACUGUAUGCUUGCUGUCCGUAAACUAAAGAAAAGUGGCAGGUGUUGUUGUUUCUCUCCUGAUGGCAAAUCACUUGCAGUUGGCCUAAAUGAUGGAAGUUUCUUGAUUGUUAAUUCAGACACUCUUGAAGAUCUUGUUUCCUUCCAUCAUAGAAAAGAGCAUAUUUCGGAUAUUAAGUUUUCCCCUGGUUCUGGAAAGUACUUAGCUGUUGCAUCUCAUGAUAAUUUUGUAGACAUCUAUAAUAUAAUGAGUAGUAAACGAGUUGGGAUUUGCAAAGGAGCUUCCAGCUAUAUAACACAUUUGGACUGGGACAAAAGAGGAAAGCUUUUGCAAGUUAAUACUGGUGCUAAGGAACAGUUAUUCUUUGAAGCUCCUCGUGGGAAACCUCAGAUUAUAAAUAAUGCAGAGGUGGACAAGAUAGACUGGACCUCUUGGACAUGUGUCUUGGGUACUUCAUGUGAGGGUAUCUGGCCCAUGGUAAGCGAGGUCACAGAUGUUUCUGCAUCCUGUCUUACAAGUAACAAAAAGGUGCUUGUUACAGGGGAUGACUUUGGAUUUGUGAAGUUGUUUCGAUACCCAGUGAAGGGCAAAUAUGGGAAAUUCAAAAGAUAUGUGGCUCACAGCACACAUGUUACCAAUGUACGUUGGACACAUGACGAUGGUUUGCUUGUUACAGUUGGGGGACCAGACACAACAGUGAUGAUUUGGACGCAUGAGUUGGAGGGGUACAAGCAAGCCAUUCAAUAUGAUAGUGAAGAGUCUGAUUUUGAUUCUGAUGAAGAUGGAGGUUAUGACAGUGAUGUUACCCGGGAAAAUGAAAUCAAUUACACCAUUAGGGCCUUAACCACAAGUCUUCGUCCGAUGUCUGGAAUCAAGCCUCACUUACAGCAAAAAGAACCUUCUCAAGAAGAAAGGCAGGGAAUAGUCAGAGGGUCAAGACCACCUGUUAGUAGGGCACUGCCUCAGCCUGAGAAACUACAAACCAAUAAUGUUGGGAAGAAAAAGAAACCCAUUGAGGACCUCACCUUGGCAUUGGCAUUUGGAUAUCGUGGUAAUGACUGUCGAAACAAUGUACAUUAUUUAAAUGAUGGUACUGAUAUCAUUUACCACACAGCAUCGAUUGGAAUUGUCCACAACAUUGCCACAGGUUUUCAGUCUUUUUAUCUUGAACAUACAGAUGACAUCCUGUGCCUAACAGUUAAUCAGCAUCCUAAAUUCCAAAAGAUAAUAGCAACAGGACAAGUCGGUGAUUCUUCUGAUAUGUCAGGUACUGCCCCAUUGAUCCAUAUUUGGGAUGCCACAACCAAACAAACACAUUCUGUGCUCCGUUGUUACCAUUCAAAGGGUGUCUGCUGUGUCAGUUUUAGUGCCACGGGCAAACUGCUCCUUUCAGUCGGGCUAGACCCUCAAUACACCAUUACUGUCUGGAGGUGGCAAGAAGGUACCAAAGUUGCCAGUAAAAGUGGCCACACCAAGAGAAUUUUUGUUGCAGAAUUCAGGCCUGAUUCAGACACUCAAUUUGUAUCAGUGGGAAUGAAACAUGUGCGGUUUUGGACUUUUGCUGGCAAAGCUUUACAGAGCAAAAAGGGCAACUUAGGUUCCAUCGAAGAUGCUAGGAUGCAAACAAUGCUCGCUGUAGCUUUUGGAGCUAAUAAUUUGACAUUUACGGGUACAAUCAGUGGAGAUGUUUAUGUUUGGAGAGAGCAUCUUCUGGUCCGAAUUGUAGCCAAAGCACAUAACGGGCCUGUUUUCACAAUGUACACCACAUUACGAGAUGGCCUGAUUGUAACAGGUGGCAAAGAAAGACCGUCAAAGGAAGGAGGAGCAGUUAAAUUGUGGGAUCAGGAACUGAAACGUUGUCGUGCAUUCAGAUUGGAAACUGGGCAAGCAAUGGACACUGUGCGUUCAGUUUGCAGAUGUAAGGGAAAAAUUCUGGUUGGAACAAGAAAUGCAGAGAUCAUCGAGGUUGGUGAGAAGAAUGCUGCAUGCAACAUUUUAAUUAACAAUCACAUGGAUGGACCAAUCUGGGGUCUUUCAACCCAUCCUAUUAAAGAUAUCUUUCUGUCUGCAGCAGAAGAUGGGACUGUUAGAUUAUGGGACAUUGCUGAAAAGAAGAUGCUGAAUAAAGUAAACUUGGGACACCCUGCUCGAACAGUUGCUUACAGCCCAGAGGGAGACAUGGUAGCUAUUGGUAUGAAAAAUGGCGAGUUUAUUAUACUUGUGGUGACAUCAUUAACAAUCUGGGGCAAGAAACGAGACAGGAGAUCUGCCAUUCAAGACAUCAAGUUCAGUCCUAGCUCUCAGUAUUUGGCUGUGGGGACGUGUGAGAAUGCCAUUGACUUUUAUGACCUCACGUUAGGACCAGCACUAAAUCGAAUUAGUUAUUGUCGAGAUAUUGCCAGCUUUGUUCUCCAAAUUGACUUCUCCGCGGACAGCAAUUACAUUCAGGUUUCUACUGGAUCAUACAAACGACUGGUUUAUGAGGUGCCUUUGGGAAAGCAAGUUACUGAACAGUCUCAGAUAGAAAGAAUAACAUGGGCUACUUGGACCAGUAUUUUGGGUGAUGAGGUCAUUGGAAUUUGGUCUCGAAAUCUCGAUAAAGCUGAUGUGAACUGUGCCUGUGUCUCUCAUUCGGGCCUGAACAUUGUAACAGGCGAUGAUUUUGGCUUGGUGAAACUCUUCGACUUUCCAUGCACAGAGAAAUUUGCAAAACAUAAGAAGUAUCUAAGUCAUUCAGCUCAGAUUGCCAACAUAAAAUUCACUAGUGGAGACAGAUACGUUGUCAGUUCUGGAGGGCAAGACUGUAGUUUGUUUGUCUGGAAAUGUUCAUGAAAAUAGAAACAAAGAAUACAAAUGGCCA